AACACAAUGUCAAAGAAGAACUACACAGGGGUGACUGAGUUCAUUCUCCUGGGCCUGACAGACAGAGCAGAGCUGCAGCCUGUCCUUUUUGUGGUGUUCCUGGCCGUCUACCUGACCACAGUGGUUGGCAACGUGAGCAUGAUCUUGUUAAUCAGGAGUGACUCCAGACUUUACACUCCAAUGUACUUCUUCCUCAGCCACCUCUCCUUCCUAGAUCUCUGCUAUGCCACCAAUGUCACUCCUCAGAUGCUGGUUAAUUUCUUAUCCAAGAGAAAAACCAUUUCCGUCAUUGGCUGCUUCAUACAAUUCCACUUUUUCAUUGCGUUGGUGAUCACCGAUUAUUAUAUGCUCACGGUGAUGGCUUUUGACCGCUACAUGGCCAUCUGCAAACCCUUGUUAUAUGGUAGCAAAAUGUCCAGAAGCGUCUGCAUCUCCCUCGUUGUGAUUCCUUAUACUUACGGCUUCGCAAAUGGCCUGGUCCAGACCAUCCUGAUGCUUCGCCUGUCCUUCUGCGGACCCAAUGAAAUCAACCACUUCUACUGUGCGGACCCACCUCUGUUAGUCCUCGCCUGCUCAGAUACUUCUGUCAAAGAAAUGGCCAUGUUCGUGGCGGCUGGUUCCAACCUCACCUGCUCUCUCACCCUGAUUCUCAUCUCCUACAUUUUCAUUUUCACAGCCAUCUUGCGUAUUCGCUCUGCUGAGGGGAGGCGCAAGGCUUUCUCCACCUGCGGGUCCCACCUCACAGCUGUCACUGUCUUUUAUGGGACUUUGUUCUGCAUGUACCUGAGGCCUCCUUCAGAGACAUCUGUAGAGCAGGGUAAAAUUGUGGCUGUGUUUUAUAUCUUUGUGAGUCCUAUGUUAAAUCCUGUGAUCUAUAGCCUAAGGAACAAAGAUGUUAAAGAAGCAAUCAGGAAAGUUAUCCAAAAGAAAUUGUUUGCUAAAUAA